AAAAAGGGUACUACAAAUCUAGAUUCACCAAGGAAGGCCCGCAUUUGUGGUGCGGCCAACUUCAACGAUGCACCUGGGAUCAAGUACUCCAAAACUGAUCUCUUCAAGUUCAACGGUGUAUGCCGCUCCUGUGGCUAUGAGAUACUUGGACUGGACAAUCUAGCAGCUGACAGGACUCUCAACAAUAGUAUUUACCAGGAGACUUGUGGCUGGCCACAUGUUAUCAGUCAGAAGAAGCUUCAUGAGAUUGAGCGCUUCUUACAAGAUGAAGGGUGGGAUGCUCGUGUCAAGACUUGGGAUGAACUUGUGGAAGAGUUUGACCUAGAUUGUGCUGGAGAGACUCUUUGUGCACAUACGGGUUCAUUGGACUAUCACAAGUGUAUUGCUUGCUGCAAGGGUUGGGUGUCUCAACGUUGUGUAAGGCAGAGAGUGAAGCACUCUGAAACCAUGCUUGCUCUCAAGCCUGACAAGGAGGAUUGGAGAGAUGUACGCUUCUCUGACAAGGCUCAUUGGUCUGUUGGACCUGAAGGCAAGAUGAAGAUUAUCAGGAAACCAGGGGAAAGAUACUGCAGUGACUGCAUCCAAGAG